AUGUCGCGCAGCGUGAGCGCCGCCGCCGACCGGUGCUUGGAGCUGGACCGCGUCAUCAGCACUCGCGCCCGCUCAGGAAGCCUCGGCCUCGACAACGCGCUCAAGCUGUUCGACGGAUUGCUUACCCACGCCAAGCCCGCCUCGGUUACUGCCUUCAACCAGAUCCUCACCGCUGUGUCUCGGGCCUCAGGACGACGCUCCUCCACCUCAGAGUCAGAGCUCGUCGUCUCCCUCUUCAACCGGAUGAUCCGUGAAUGCACCUUGAAGUUGGCUCCAGACCUUUACACCUACAGCAUACUCAUGGGCUGCUUCUGCCGCAUGGGCCGCCUGGAGCAUGGCUUCGCCACCUUUGGCGUCAUCCUCAAGACGGGCUGGAGAGUGAAUGACAUAGUCAUCAAUCAACUGCUCAAAGGUCUCUGUGACGUGAAGAGGGUGGGUGAGGCCAUGGACGUUUUGCUCAAACGAAUGCCUGAGCUUGGCUGCACACCUAAUGUAGUAUCAUACACUACACUUCUCAAAGGUUUCUGCAAUGAAAAGAGAACUGAGGAGGCACUUGAGCUUCUGCACAUGAUGGUUGAUGAUCAAGUUAGGAGCUGCCCACCGGAUGUGGUGCCCUACAGCACCGUCAUCAAUGGUUUCUUUAUUGAGGGUCAAGUGGACAAAGGGUACAACCUGUUUCUUCAAAUGAUGGAUCGCGGGAUUUCACCGAAUGCUGUGACAUACACGACGGUAAUUGAUGGCCUGUGCAAAGCUCAAUUGGUUGACAGGGCCAAGGUUGUCUUUCAGCAGAUGAUUGAUAAAGGUGUAAAGCCCAACAUUGUGACUUACACAUGUCUGAUCGAUGGAUAUCUCUCUAUAGGGCAGUGGAAAGAGGUGGUUCGAAGGCUUGAAGAAAUGUACGCACGUGGUCUUGACCCAAAUGUUGUUACUUAUGGUUUGCUGCUGGACUAUCUAUGCAAGAAUGGGAAAUGCACAGAAGCCAGGACGAUUUUUGAUUCUAUGAUUAGGAAGGGCAUAAAACCUGAUGUAAGUACCUAUGGCAUUAUGCUUCAUGGAUAUGCUACCAAAGGUGUUCUUUCUGAAAUGCAUAGUUUCCUAGAUUUGAUGGUAGAAAAUGGUGUUUCACCUAAUCAUCACAUCUUCAACAUAAUGUUCUCGGCAUAUGCUAGGAAGGGAAUGAUAGAGGAGGCAAUGCAUAUAUUUACUAAAAUGAGGCAGCAAGGAUUGAGUCCUGAUGAAGUCAGCUAUGGAGCACUAAUAGAUGCACUAUGCAAGGUAGGCAGAGUAGACGAUGCUGUGCUCAAAUUCAAUCAGAUGAUCAACGAAGGAGUCCCUCCUAGCAUCUUUGUUUUUAACUCCCUAGUUUAUGGACUGUGCACCGUUGACAAAUGGGAGAAAACUGAGGAAUUAUUUUUUGAAAUGUUGAAUCAAGGAAUUUGUCCUGACGUCGUGUUCUUCAACACCGUAAUGUGUAACUUAUGCAAAGAAGGACGGGUUAUGGAAGCCCAGAGGCUAAUUGACUCGAUGGAACAUGUAGGCGUGAGGCCUGAUGUUAUCUCAUAUAAUACAUUAGUUGAUGGCCACUGCAUAACUGGUAGAAUUGAUGAAGCGGCAAAGCUACUUGAUGUUAUGGUCUCAAUUGGCCUGAAACCUGAUGAAAUCACUUAUAAUACUUUGCUUCAUGGCUAUUGCAAAGCUCGAAGGAUAGAUGAUGCUUAUAAGCUUUUCCGAGAAAUGUCAACGAAGGGACUUACGCCUGGAGUUGUGGCUUACAAUACUAUAUUGCAUGGUUUGUUUCAGACUAGGAGAUUUUCUGAAGCAAAGGAACUCUAUCUCAAUAUGAUCAACAGCACAACAAAGUGGAGCAUUUACACAUACAACAUAAUUCUAAAUGGGCUUUGCAAGAAUAAUUUUGUUGAUGAAGCAUUCAAAAUGUUUCAGAGCUUGUGUUCUAAGGAUCUUCAACUUAACAUUAUUACUUUCACCAUUAUGAUUGAUGCUUUGCUCAAGGGUGGCAGAAAGGAAGAUGCCAUGAAUUUGUUCGCUACUAUCUCUUCUUAUGGUUUGGUUCCAGAUGUUGUGACCUACUGCUUAAUAGCAGAAAAUCUCAUAGAAGAAGGGUCCCUAGAGGAGUUCGAUGGUCUGUUGUCAGGAAUGGAAAAGGGUGGUACCGCUCCGGACUCACGUAUGUUAAAUGCUCUAGUUAGGAGGUUUUUACAUAGAGGCGACAUAACCAGGGCUGGGGUUUACCUCUCCAAACUUGAUGAGAAGAGUUUUUCACUUGAAGUUUCCACUACUGCCAUGCUUAUAUCACUUUUCUCGAGGGAGGAAUACCAGCGCCAUGCAAAGUCUCUGCCUGAAAAGUAUCGUGUCCUCAAUGAAGCCAAGAAAUGA